AUGGCAAAACGUUCGGGAUCCUACAAGAAGUAUUUGGAGGAUGGCACAGAACGAAUCCCGAAAAGAACACGGAACAGAUGGAAGCUAGCAAAAAGACGCAAGGAGGCUGUCCCCAAUGAAGAAAACAAUGAAGAUGAUGAUUCCUUGCAAAAUGUGGUCAUACACGAUAAAAAUUUCACAGAAAAUGAAGAUGAGGAAAACUCUUCUACUGGUUCUCAAGAGAUCAAAGAAUACCCAUCAGAGUCUGAAAUGGACAUGUUUGAUGUCGACAGCAUUGAAGAUGAAAAUGUGGAGACUGAAGACCUGGAUUUCAACGCAAAAGAAAACGCUCCUCAAUCACGCUACGCUUCGACUCAGUUUCUCAUCCGGGCUGUCUCUGCUCACGUCAACCAUUUCCGGCUUGGCGUCGAUAUCCAACAGUCGUUUAAUGCAUUUGAUUCCACCUGCCGAGCGGAGUUUAGCCAGUUCUCCCCACGUCCGGCCGGUUUGCUCCGGAUCCACCCCGUUGCACUGCCCUUCCCUCACCUGCUACCGCGUGCCUGCCCAUUGCUCCGCCCCUCCGCCUCAAUCCGGGCGCUCACUCUCCGAAUCUCCGCGUGGGGUCUUAGUCGGGAGGGCCGCAUGCCACACACGGUCACACCAGCUCUCACGGCCGACUCUCAUGGCCUCAGGCGUCAACAUCAAAACACCAGAUGGAACAAGGUCAUCACGUGCGCCGGGUGGCCAGUGUGUGACGGCCAGACGCCGGCCCGGCUUGAGAUGGACGAGCCCCGCGUAGUCCCCUCACGUAGCGGGCCCACACCCCUGACCCAGUGUAUGCCAGUGCAGCCUAGACGCGAGGUGCGGUCCGGAUCACAGCGUAGAGCUUGGCAGCAGCUGUUGGGCCACCUGCAGAGAGAGAGGCGGGUGCAGUGGUGUCCGCCCUGCGCGUCUGGCCUCAAGCCUUUGUCUGAGCAGCAGAUGCUUUUUCUCGACAGGUGCACAGGGAACAAACAAACCACAGCCCUGCAGAGCGGCAAGAUGUGA